AUUGCAAUUGAUUUGGCAAGCAUCCACAUCAAUUUCUUCAAACAUAGCAAAUUUUUAUGUGUGUUAGGAGAUGAUUUUGCAUUUAGACUUUUCUAGAUGGCUGCUGUUUUUGUUUGUUGCAUCAAAUUUUAAAGAAACCAAAACAUGUGAGGAUGGUGAUAUUCGUCUUGCUGGAGGACCUAAUGAUUUUGAGGGCAGACUGGAGUCUUGCAGUGGCUCUACCUGGGGACAUGUAUGUGGUACUGGUGGAUGGGGGCGCACUGAGGGUGAGGUGGUUUGUCGACACCUGGGAUACCUUAGUGGCACCUCACCUCUUGUGCAAUCUGUCGCCGCUACAAGGCUGCGUUAUGGUGCCCAAGAAGGACCAGCCUUUGUAAAUCAAGUACAGUGUGCUGGGAGUGAAUUAGCAUUUGAUAAUUGUUCUAAAGAAGUAAUAAACGAGAUGGGGUGCUCUACCCUGGGGGGAUUCGUUUACAUUGUGUGUCAAGAUCCAGAGUGUGAAGGUAGUGCUCCCGACAGUGUGCGGCUAGUAGGUGGACUGUCUGAUAGUGAUGGCAGGGUGGAGGUAUGUGACAAUGAUGGUCGCAGGAGACAAGUGUGUCAGGAUGGCUGGGACGAUCAAGACGCUACUGUAGUGUGCAGAACACUCGGAUUUCUAGAUGGAUUAGAUGCAGUCUCUGUGACAGGAUUGCUCAUUUCUGUUACGCUUCCUGCAUAUAGCAGCGUCAAUUGCUCGGGGAGUGAAGAGUACUUUACUCAUUGUGUGCCUAGCACAAGUAUAAAAGUGACCUUCCCUACUAACCAGUGCAAUGGCUUUGCUGGAGUAAUCUGCUCAGAUCCACAGCCAAAUACGCCUACUCCAAGUCUUUUUCCUUCAUCUACCAUCGGAACAACAUCUAGUAUCAGCCGUCCAUUAUUGGGUUCUUCAACCAAAACACAACCAACUGGAUCACCAAACUCACUCAGGCCAGUACCAACUGUUCAACCAACUGGACCACCAAACACACUCCGACCAGUACCGACUGUUCAACCAACCCCAGGAGCAACUGAUAACAUGCUACUCAUCAUUGUAGUCGGAGUUGUGGGUGGUGCAAUUGUGUUACUGCUGUUGCUGGUAUUGAUAUUAUUUAUUCUCAUUCUUCUGAGGCGUAAUCACAGCUCUGACAGGUAUAAUGUGUCUCCAGAGAAUAAUAUGACAACUGCUAAUGGAGGAGCUAUGAACAAUGGAAACGAACACCUGGAGCAUCCUCCAAUACCACUGGAAGAUUUAGAGAAUUCGAUCAAAGAAGAGUUUCAGCCACUCCCACCUCGACACAGAACAUCGUCAGAGUAUAACCACGUCCUUUUAAAUCCUCUCCAUGGUAACAAAAUGAGAUCAAGGUCCAAUACUAUCAUCUCCGAUCAAUCUUCCGUCUUCGAAGACCCUGGAUAUGCAGACAUAAAAGGUGCCGUACGAAAAAGAUCCUCACUUGAAAGAACUUUAAACGAUAAACUUAAUCCGUACAGUACUCCAAGUGACACCAUCUCACAGAAAAGCCAUUCCCCACGACAGGUUCAUUCAAAUACUGCCUCCAAUCGUGAUCUAAGUCUUCAGCCUUAUGUCGACGAGCAAGGCUAUGCCGCUCUUGAAAGUCAGUCACAUAUCUAUGAUGAAAUGAAUGUGUAUGAUGUGCAGACCGAUCGAUCGAACAGACCGAGCAAACACAGACCAGGCAAUGAAGAGAAACAUGGAGCUAGAAACAAUACCUGAGCAAAUUAAUUAUCAUUCUACAAGAACAUUCAAUUUUGUGUGUGUAAUGUCUGUUUGCUGUUUUUUUCUUUCUUUUUUCUUUAGUGAUCUUUAACCAUUUUUUGCAAGUGACUUAAAAUGAGGG